AUGGAUUUCACAAACCUCUUCCGUAUUGUCAACAUCGCUGUGGGCGUGUUCAUGGUGCUUGGUGGUAUCAGCAACUUCUUCAGUGGCAGCUGGAGCGCAUUCAUUCUGGGCGCAUACGCAGUUGUCUUCGGUCUUGUUGUCGGUGGACUGGAGUUCCUCCCUCACGUCCCGGAUUACGCCUAUCGCUAUGCAUCGUUCCUCUUCUCCUUCCUCGGUCGUGGUGUCUUCUACAUCUUCAUCGGUUCUAUCCUGCUCCACGACCACGUGCUGCGCAUUAUUGACGGCACCCUGAUCGCCUUCAUCGGUCUGGGAUACGUCGCCCUCGAAUUCAUUCCCUCCAUCGAGCCUCCCUCCAACAUGCGCGAGUCUGACCAGGGCUGGGGUGCUGAGCAGGUGUAA